AUCCCGGCAGAAUGAAAUCACCCGAUGCUAGCCAUCCGCUCUCACUCAAAGACCUACUAUUGAUAACCCGGGCAGCUGUUUGGAACCUUUCUGAUCCAUUCUGCUCUUUUGAGGUGUCCACAAUGUCAAGAACAAAGCAAGCUGCCCGCAAAAACAAGCGCAAGGCGGAGACGCAGCUUCAAAAUGCUCCCACCAAGCGCCUCACGCCGCCCGACGACGCGCCACAGGCACAAGCCGCCGUUGGUCAAAGCCACAACCUGAACGCCGUGGUCUCGUCCGAAGAGGUGGAGGUCGCCGUUGACACCCUUCGCAUUCUUGCCCAACAUCCGGCGGCCAUCAAGAGCAAGGCGUGCAGAGACCUGCGCUCCGCCGUGUACGACUUCCGGCAAGCCUGCACAACGGGCGCCAACAGCACCGGCGAUGGAUCCAUGAACUUGACGGCCCGCAUUUCGGGUGCCCUGGUCGACGAAAAGUACACCGAUGCACUGGUACUGCUCGCAGAGAUGCGGAUCCGCAAUGAGGCGCCCAAACUGGGGGCUCUGUGUCGUUGGGUUAGGGACCUCGACGUCACCAGCGGGCUCUCGGUCAAGGGAGCUGAGGCCGGGUUGCCGCCUUGGACUGACAGACAGCGCUUGUUGUUGAGGGUUUUGGAUGCCAUUUCGAGGGUGACUGGAACAUGGGAUGUCAAACACGUUCCUGUGUCGAUGACUUCUGACCCAAUUGCUGUCCAGGAGGUUUGGAGUUUGCGUGAAGGAGAGAAAUCGUGGCCGAUGCAUCAAAGCGUUCUCGACGGCACCAUCUUCGAGUCUUGCACUACAGAUAUCAAGGCAAAGUUUCAAGUCCUGGAGCGGACGCCAGGGCCUGAUCGAAAACCUCCGAAUCUCCACGACGCAGUUCUUUACCUCAGCGCGGACAACACAGUCAAGCUCUCAUCUACACCUCCGACCAUCACACAUCACCGCCACCCAGCGGUCCCAAAGCUAUCACUCAUGAAAGAUGUACUCUCACCAGAUGAGUGCAGAUCUAUUGUGGGCGCCAUGGAAUCCAUCGGCUACCUGCCCGACGCCCCGGUCCGCGACGAUGGUGCCGAAGCGAGUAUCCUUGCACACAACGUGUAUUGGAUUGUUGACCAAGCCUUCCACGACAAGCUGUGGGACCGCGUCAAACCAUUUGUGCCUGCCAUAGCGGAUGGUCGCAGGGUACGUGGCAUCAACCGCCGCUUUAGGGUAUACCGCUACGUCCCAGGCGCAGAGUAUCGAUGCCAUUUCGACGGCGCCUGGCCGCCCUCAGGGGUAGAGCCUAGCACCGGCAAGUAUUUAUGGGACGCGUCACCUCCGGAGAACCCACAAUCUAGUCUGUUCACCUUCCUAGUCUACCUCAACGACGAAUUUGAGGGCGGUGAGACGACAUUCUUCACACCGAGCCUGCGUGAAGGUGUGAUGAAUGCGUACCCUGUGAGGCCAAUCAUGGGAUCGAUCGCACUAUUCCCUCAUGGCGAAAGCAAGGGUGCGCUGCUGCACGAAGGGACCGGGGUUCGCAAAGGGGCAAAAUACAUCAUUCGAACGGAUGUUGAGUACGAUGUGAACCCGGCAAAAUAGUAGCAUGCCGCACCUUUUGAAAUUCUACAUUUUGUACAGUCUACAGCGUGUACAGUGUCCUUUGUCGUUCUCGCGUUUACUGCGUGCAGCUUUGUUCUGUCCAAACUCAAACGUUUUGAUUCGCCGGGUUGCCAGAUCGAUGGUACCAAAGAUUGCCUUCAAUCAUGCUUGUUUGAAAACCCGCACUACAGCUGUCACCGAAGGACAGACUGGACCCCCUGCAACAACGACGGACGGUUGCUGGAGACUGUAGAGUACGAUGUCCCCCUACCCCCGCAUCUUGGCCGCACUAGCCGUUGCCACGAAACCACACCAUGUCUUCUUAUCCUCAUGUGGGGAAAACGAUUCAUGAGCCGAAGCUGGAAAGAAUUCGGGGACUUUCGAUGAUUGAUGCCACCAUGAAAAUGGGUUGCUUACUGUACGCACCAACCCCCACAAGGAUUGGUUUUGUGGGGGUUGCUGCUAACAAGCCGGCAGCUCUCAAAUUGCAAGAUUUCAUGAUCGACGUUUGGAGACAGCAACCGCUACAAGGUACCUUGCGAUCGAUGCAACUUUACUUGGUUUCUUUGACUCGAACCAUAGAUGCAAGAUACGAACUCGGAUGGAAAGAAUGGGCGAAUAUAUCGACGCGACUGAACUGUCAAAGCACAACUCCAAAGAAUCAUGUUGGAUAGUCAUCCAUGGCCAAGUAUGGGAUGUCACUGAAUUCCUUGAUCUCCACCCCGGUGGUGCACGCAUCAUUCUCAAGUCCGCGGGCCGUGAUGCGACUCCGGCUUAUGAGUCCGUCCACGACCCGGACCUAGUCGCCCACACCCUCCCUCCGUCCUGCCUCAUAGGCACUCUCAGCCAACAGAGCACCACCCUAGUCCCAACAGCGGAAGAGGUUCCAUCACCUGCAAUCGAUGACUCGGGCUCUGUUCAACUGAUACAUCCGCCACUUACAUCCAUGCUCAACGUGUUCGACUUUGAGCGCGCCGCCAAGAAGUACCUUUCCGACAUCGGGUGGGCGUACUACUCGUCCGGGGCGGAGGAUGAGAUCUCCAUGCAAGACCCGCGACGCAUCUUCAAUCGCAUCGCACUCCGCCCACGGAUCCUCCGCCAGGUCGAAACAAUCGACACUUCAUGUAGCUUCUUCGGCGGGCGCAUCAAAUCAUCGCUGCCAAUCUACAUCACACCAACCGGGUUGAGCCGCUAUGCGCACCAGGAAGGCGACCAGUGCCUGGCCCGGGCGUGCGGGCUCGAGGGUAUCGUGUACUGCAUGCCGACGACGGCGGCGCACGAGGCCGUGUUCAGCGCGCGCACGACCCCCAACCAACCGCUGUGCUUCCAGCUGUACACAGGCCGGGACUACGACCGGACACGUGCGCUACUGCGCAAGGUGGAGCGGCUCGGUGCGGCUGCCAUCUUCGUCACGGUCGACAGCCCCGUCAUCGGCCGACGGGAACGCGACGAUCGCAUCAAAGCCGCCGACGGUGAGGACCCGUUGUUCGCGGGCGGCGUCGCCAAGUCUGGGAGCAUGACGCUGCUGAACCCCAUGCUGACCUGGGAAGACCUGGAUUGGCUCAGGGCCGCCACCAGCCUGCCCCUCAUGCUCAAGGGCGUGCAAACGGUCGAGGACGCCGUGCUGGCACACCGCGCGGGAGUCGACGGCAUUAUCCUCUCUAACCACGGCGGCCGGUCCCAGGACACGGCGCAGGCGCCCAUGCUGACGCUGCUGGAGAUUCGGCGACACGCGCCACACCUGCUCACGCCCGAGGUCAGGUCCAGGUUUGAAGUCUUCCUCGAUGGUGGGGUCAGGCGCGGGACGGACGUGCUCAAGGCGUUAGCGUUGGGCGCAUCGGCCGUCGGGGUGGGUAGGCCAGCGCUCUAUUCGAUGACGAACGGAUGGGGCGAAGCUGGGGUCAGAAGGUUGAUCAUGAUGUUGAGGAUGGAGCUGGAAACCAACAUGGCACUUGCUGGCGCGACGAGGCUGGAUGAAAUUGUGCCAGAAAUGGUCAAUACGGAACGGGUGGAGCACGAGGUUUUCAGGAGGGUUAAACUGUGAUUGCAAUUUGACAUCUCGUGGCUUGAUGAUAUAUGAC